CAAAAAAUUAAAGAUGGCGGCCACUAGGGUACCGAGAGUGUUCUGUGGAUCUCCACUGAUUUCGCUAGCACUGAAAAACACAAAUAACUUUUUAACCCCUCUGCGUUCGUUUACAGCCGUCUUAAGCCACAGUUUCCACGUAAGCACGUCAGGUAAACGUGAUGAAUGCGUUCUUAUUUUCAUUUUCAAGUGAUGCAUUGUAGCUAACCCUUAACUCUUAAAUAUAAGGCCACUUAGUUAUGUCUCUUUGAUUCAUCGAAUCAUAUUAGCUGAAAAUGGUUUUUCAUUGCAGAUAGCAAACAGUAUCACAACACCCGGAGAAAAAGGAUGCUUCGCCGGUUUAAAUUGAACCAGUUACAGGCGAAACUAGAGGUAUGUGUAUGACAGGACAAGCAUGGAAUUUUUUCAGUUGCACUUCUGUUGAUAGUAUACCGCAUUAUUCCUUAGUUUCGUUACAUCUCGCCUGGUUUAUUUUCGUUUCGUUUCGCAAAAUAGAAUAAGCCACUUCUGUUCUUAGUAGAUAGUUUGAGGAAACCUUUAAUUAUAUGUCUGGCUCACAAGGAAACCAGUCCACUGACAACUGUUUCACCUGGAAUGAUUGUUUUAAAACUUACAAAUUACGACCAGUGUGAAGUAGUUGAUGACUUGCUUACAAAUUGGUGGUUGUCAACUAUAAGAUAAGUUAAGAAGUUGGGUAAACCACAGUACAAGUUUGAUACAGCUGAUCUCACAUGCAUCAGUCGUUUGUUGGCACCAAUUGCUAUUUGCUUCAAGAAGGGGAUGACACUAAAAACAGCAGAUUUUGAGAAUGAAACAGCAGAUUUGACAAGCUGAGAACGGUGAUAAAAUAUUUUAAUGUGAUCUUGAACAUGAGUGAUAAAAUGAAUUAUCUUUUAUAACAAAAUACAAAUGAAAACAAGAAGGAAAAAAAGUAAAAUUAAUUUAAAUAUUGGAAAUAUAGAUUGUCAAUUGCCCUCUUACUGUGCUAUAAGAUAUUAAAUAUAAUUAAUUGAGUACUUAGGUAGUAAUAUUGAAUCAGAACAGUUAAAUAGAUUUAAGUGUGAUAUGAUAGCAAUCCCACAGAUGUAAACUCCAUUUUUUUUAAUUGUUCCUCUUUAUUUUGAUCAGAGGUUAGAUGAAGAAGACAGGCCAACUGGCUGUUUACUUUGUCCAAUGAGGGGAGAUGUGGAAAUUGACUACAAAGUAAGUUAUUAAAUAACCAUUACAUGGUCUGUAAGAGGCUAAAGUUUAAAAUAUAAAUUGUCAUUUUGGUCACAAAUUGCAGUCAAGCUUGUGAAGUGUAUGUGUGAAUAGUAAGGUAUUUGUUAUAUUCUUGUAUUUAUAAUUUAUCCUUGUGUACCUACAGAAUGUCCGUUUACUGUCCCAGUUUGUUUCACCUCAUACUGGUAGAAUUUAUGGACGCACUCUUACAGGUUAGUUUGUGUAUCACCUACAAAAUUAACUAUUUUUGUAGCUCUAGACAGAGCUAUUUUUCUAAUCAUAGUUUGCUUAAUAGUGUUGUAUACCAUUUUAGUAACUGCAAAAUUCUUGUCUUGGAAGGUUUGUGUAAUAAAAAACAAAAGGAAAUUGGAAAAAACAUCAGAAGAGCUAGAGCCAUGGGUAAGGAGUGAGUCCCUUAUUUUAGCAGUUAAUGCACUAACAUCAGUUUGCAAAUACUCCAUACUGUUCUCUCUAUGUUUCUUAUGGUACUUUCAAGGAUAAUUAAGGUAAUAAUCAAUAGCAUGUUGACCUCAUGAUCAUUUCUUUUAAUCUCAUGACCUUAAUGUUUUAUUCAGGAGUGAUACUGGUGGGAGAAAUUAGAUGCUCAUCACUCUUAGGUGUUAAAGGGUUACCUGUGACUGCUUGUUGAGAACUUUUUUCUCCGCUUUGAGCAAUUCCUUAUUUCUCUGUUUGAUUGUUUUCAGGUUUCAUGCCUGUUACCAUGAAGUACCUUGACUUCCAUGAGGACCCAAAGUUAUUCUAGCAGCAAUUUAGAAAUAGUUUUGGCCCAGGUUACACCUACAUUACUAUUUUGUAAAUAAAAUCAAAAUUAAUAGUGACCUUGGUAUCUUUUUGUUGAACUUGACUCUUUUGACAAAGUAUUGAGGGUAUGUGGGAAACAUAUUGCUACAUAAUUAUGUUUCACUAGCAUCUGCUAAACCAGGUUUGACCACUCUAAAAAAUAAUUUUUGGGGGGUGAUGAAAUAAUGAGGAUUAGAAUGCACCACUAGCAACAGCUCUAUGUGGUAGAUACAAAAUAUUAUUCAUGAUGUAA